CCUUUGUUGCGAGUCGGACUCGGUGGAAACGGGAGAAGAAACCGGGAAGCGGCGGCCAGGAUGGGGGAGGCGCUGCAGCAUCGCUUUAAUGGGCAGCCCCGACUCCCGACCCCCAGCCCCGGGAGAUCACCGCACGGCCGCUGGGCCCGGUCGCUCUCAUUCGGCCUCUGAGAGCCGCACUCGCUGUUCCUGAGGCUGCGCUCGCCCCCCGCUCAGUUUCUCCAUUGAAUCCUGUUUCUCUCCUUGUUUUUCCCAACUCAGAUCCACCGCCUCAUUUUCUUUUCUUCCUCUGAGCCCCUGAACUCCAUCUGACAGGGUCAUGUUGGACAGCGGGCGUUGACUGUCCUGGGAAACAACAGCAGAGAGGAGCGCAGAGGCCGGAGGGGCAAAGGGAGCAGCGAGUUCAGUCACCAAUCGGGGGGAUUGAGGACUGGACCCUGAGUCAGUCAGUCAGGGGAGUCAGAGUGAACCCCUGGGGAAUCAGUCAUCUCUGAAAAAAAUAAAGGAGUAUCUCUUUUAUGAACAAAAUUAUUUAACAUUUAUCAGUAUUUUUAUUUAUUUAAUGGGAUGUGGGCACCAUGGCAAGGCCAACGUUUGUUGCCCAUCCUAAUUGCCUUGAAUUGAGUGACUUGCUCGGCCAUUUCAGAAGCAGUUAAGAGUCAACCACGUUUCUGUGGACCUAGAGUCACGUGGGCCACAACAGGAUAUUUGAAGUCGAAGGAUUUACAGUCGAGAAAUACAAACACAACAUCAUAUCAAGAUCUGCCUCAAUCGCAAAAUUUAUCAUAACCUGAAUAUCAUCAGAGUUUGAACAUGGAAGGAAAAAGCACUGUUCACAGUGGGGAGAAACCGUGCAUGUGCUCUGUGUGUGAACAAGACUUCAGCCAUUCAUCCAGCCUGUCAGAACAUAAAUGCAGUCAGAAUGGAGAGAAACUAUGUAGAUUUGGGGACUGUGGGAAGCAAUACAGUUAUCCAUUCAAGGUAGAAAUUCAUCAGGGUCGUCACAAGGAGGGGAGGCCAUUCACCUGCUCCGACUGUGGGAAGGGAUUCACUACCUCAUCCCACCUUCUGACACACCAGCGCAUUCACACCGGAGAAAAGCCGUUCACCUGCUCCAAGUGUGGGAAGGGAUUUGCUCAUUCAUCCAACCUGCUGAGACACCAACGAAUUCAUACUGAUGAGAGACCUUUUCAAUGCCCAGACUGCAGGAAGCACUACAAAAGCUCUGGGGAACUGAUGUCUCACCAACGUGUUCACACUGAUGUGACACCGUUCAAGUGCUCUCACUGUGGGACUGAGUUUAGACGAUCAUCUGACCUCAGGGUACAUCAGCGCAUUCACACUGGGGAAAGGCCUUUCACCUGUUCAGAGUGUGGGAAGGGAUUUACCACCUCAUCUUAUCUUCUAACGCACCAGUGCAUUCACACUGGGGAGAAGCCAUUCACCUGCUCCGAGUGUGGAAAGGGAUUCACUCAGUCAUCCCAUCUGCUGACACACCAGCGAGUUCACACUGGGGAGAGGCCAUUCAUCUGCUCUGAAUGUGGGAAGGGAUUCACUCAGUCAUCCAACCUGCUGACACACCAGCGAAUUCACACUGGGGAGAGGCCGUUCAUCUGCUCCAAUUGUGGGAAGGGAUUUACUUGUUCAUCCCACCUGUUGACACAUCAACGAGUUCACACUGGGAAGAGGCCAUUCACCUGCUCCAAGUGUGGGAAGGACUUUUCUCACUCAUCAAACCUGUUGAGGCACCAGCGAGUUCACACUGGCAAGAAACCUUUUAAAUGUCCAGAUUGCGGGAAGUGCUGUAUAAGUUCCAGGGAACUGGUGUCCCAUCAACGUGUUCACACUGGCGAGAGACCAUUCAGGUGCUCUCACUGUGGCACUGGAUUCAGCCGAUCAUCUGACCUCACUGUACAUGAGCGAGUUCACACUGGGGAGAGGCCGUUCACCUGCUCCAAGUGUGGGAAGGGAUUCACUCGGUCAUCCUACCUGCUGAAGCAUCAGCGAGUUCACACUGGGGGGAGGUCGUUCACCUGCUCUGAGUGUGGAAAGGGAUUCCCUACCUCAUCCCAAAUGCUGAAGCACCAGCGCACUCACACUGGGGAGAGACCGUUCAGCUGCUCCAAGUGUGAGAAGGGGUUUGCUUGUUCAUCCCACCUGCUGACGCACCAGCGGGUUCAUACCGGAGAGAGACCAUUUACCUGCUCCAAGUGUGGGAAGGGGUUUGCUCACUCAUCCAACCUGCUGAGGCACCAGCAAGUUCACACUGAUGAGAGACCUUUUAAAUGCCCAGACUGUGGGAAGUGCUAUAAAAGUUCCCAGAAACUGAUGUCCCAUCAACGUGUUCACAGUGAUGAGAGACCGUUCAAGUGCUCUCACUGUGGGACUGGGUUCAGACGAUCAUCUGACCUCACUGUACAUCAGCACAGUCACACUGAGAAGAAGCCGUUCAUCUGCCCCGAGUGUGGGAGGGGAUUCAUUACCUCAUCCCGCCUGCUGAGACACCAGCGAGUUCACACUGGGGAGAGGCCGUUCACCUGCUCCGAGUGUGGUAAGGGAUUCCCUACCUCAUCCCAACUGCUGACGCACCAGCGCACUCACACUGGGGAGAGACCAUUCAGCUGCUCCAAGUGUGAGAAGGGGUUCACUUGUUCAUCCCACCUGCUGACGCACCAGCGGGUUCACACAGGGGAGAGACCAUUUACCUGCUCCAAGUGUGGGAAGGGGUUUGCUCACUCAUCCAACCUGCUGAGGCACCAGCAAGUUCACACUGAUGAGAGACCUUUUAAAUGCCCAGACUGUGGGAAGUGCUAUAAAAGUUCCCAGAAACUGAUGUCCCAUCAACGUGUUCACAGUGACGAGAGACCGUUCAAGUGCUCUCAUUGUGGGACUGGGUUCAGAAGAUCAUCUGACCUCACUGUACAUCAGCACAGUCACACUGAGGAGAAGCCGUUCACCUGCCCCGAGUGUGGGAUGGGAUUCAGUACCUCAUCCCGCCUGCUGACACACCAGCGAGUUCACACUGGAGAGAGGCCGUUCGCCUGCUCCGAGUGUGGUAAGGAGUUCACUCAGUCAACCCACCUGCUGACGCACCAGCGCACUCAUACUGGGGAGAGGCCAUUCACCUGCUCUGAGUGUGGAAAGGGAUUCACUACCUCAUCCCAGCUGCUUACACACCAACGCACCCACACUGGGGAGAGGCCAUUCACUUGUUCCAGGUGUGGGAAGGGAUUCACUUGUUCAUCCCACCUGCUGACGCACCAGCGGGUUCACACUGGAGAGAGACCGUUCAUCUGCUCCAAAUGUGGGAAGGGAUUUUCUCACUCAUCCAACCUGCUGAGACACCAGCGAGUUCACACUAACAAGUGACCUUUUAAAUGUCCAGAUUGUGGGAAAUGCUAUAAAAGUUCCCAGGAUCUGCUAUUGCAUCAAAGCAUUCAUUGUCGUGAGGUCAGGUUCUCUCAUUGUGAGACUAGGUUCAGGCAAUCGUCUCACCUCACUGUUACACCAGUGUGAUCACAAUGGGGAGAGGCUGUCUCAUGCUCAGAGUGUGGGAAGGGUAUUGAUCAGACAUGCAUCCUUCUCAGAUACCAACAAGUUUUCACUGGGGAGAGGCCGAUCACCUGCUCCCUGUGUGGGUAGGGAUUCACUCAGUCAGCAGCCUGUGUUGUAGUCAUUCACUUGCUCUGUGUGUGGUAAAGGAUUCAUGGAAUCAAGUGACCUGAUGAAUCACCAACAUGUUCACACCGGAAAAGAUUAUGCAGGUGAUAUGAACAUGAGAUUGGAUUCACUGGGCUGAGACUGCUCACCUGCUCCAUAUGUUGGAAGGGAUUCACUCAGUUGUUUAAAUUUCUGACUCAUCAGUGAGUUCACACUGCAUGGAGGGUGUUUGUCUCUUGUGUGUGUCUCUGUGUAAAAGGAUUUGAUCAUCAUGACAACUAUAAAAAUGUCAAUGAUGAAGUGUCAAUUCCUGUCUGGAAACACAUUUCCUGAUAAUGGAUAUAGUAUUGAUCAGAGAUCCUGAAAUUCAUUUCAAAUUGUUAGAAUGUUGCUCCCUAAAAGCUAAAUAUACUUUGCGUUUUUACAGAAUUAUCUGUAUCCCUUUAAAUAAAUUCGGAAACAAGGAAACACUGAGACAUUAGUUUAAUGUUUUUAUUUCUAGUACAUAACCCAUUACAUACUGAGACCAUGAGAUUACUGGAUUCUCAUGGGAGGACUCAUCAGAAAGAUUUGUGAGCAUAUUAUUCUAAUCUGAUCAGUCUGCUUGAAGUUCAAGGACAUCGAGCUUUUGUGUAUUGAUCCUUUUUGACUUUAGGAACAUUUCACUAACUUGAUGAUAACAUGUCAACACAUUCUGGUUAUUUGUUUA